CAUUCAGGCAGUCGCAGUUAUACAAUCAGCUCACCAUUCUGAAGUUGUGAAAUUGCAAAAAACUUAAUUUUGUCGCUUUAUUUUUAGGCGCCGGCUGUAGAGGACGUCGGCGUCGCGACGUUGCUCAAUCCCAGUCAGUGAAUGACAUGAAAUCGAAGGAAAAGUGCGUUUUCAUUUUGCCGCUGUUUGUGGGAACAUGUAUGACGAUGAAUACUUCUCAAACCGCCACAUGUUUUCUGGAAAUAAUAAUUCAAGUCCCAAUUUGCUCAAAGAGGGUGGCGUUCAAUGGCGAGGAAGUCGCGGAUCCAUUGUUAACGGCAGUGCCCCAAGUGGGUUCCGAGGCGGCGAUCAAGAGCGGAACUUCUACGAGCAUAAUGUGGAGAACUCCAUUGCUGGGUGCAACCAGUUGGAGAGAUCCCGCGCAACUGAGAAUGACCCUAUUCACCUCAAGAGACGGGUGGGACUCGUCAGUGGGGUGGCUUUAAUUGUCGGUACCAUGAUAGGAUCUGGAAUUUUCGUCUCACCUUCGGGUCUACUGGAACGGACAGGCUCAAUCGGAAUGAGCUUUGUGGUGUGGAUGUCCUGCGGCUUGUUGUCUCUUUUGGGUGCCCUCUCCUAUGCCGAGCUGGGUACCAUGAACACCUCAUCCGGCGCGGAGUACGCGUACUUUAUGGACGCGUUUGGAGCGCCUCCAGCGUUCCUCUUCUCAUGGGCCAGUACUCUAGUCCUCAAACCCUCCCAAAUGGCGAUCAUUUGUCUCAGUUUCGGGAAAUACGCCGUGGAAGCCUUCGUAACUGAGUGCGAGCCGCCAGAAAUCGUUGUGAAGAUGGUGGCCCUCCUAGCUAUGGUGGUGAUCCUCUACGUCAAUUGCUACAGCGUCAAUUUGGCCACUAGUGUUCAGAACGUUUUCACUGCUGCCAAGCUGGUUGCUGUUCUGAUCGUGAUCUUGGGCGGAGCGUACAAGAUAGUGGAAGGGAAUACCCAGCAUUUAAGGGACCCUUUUGCAAACACCAAGUCCUCAGUUGGCAAUAUUGCGACCGCAUUUUACACCGGCCUUUGGGCGUAUGACGGGUGGAACAAUUUAAAUUAUGUGACUGAAGAAAUCAAAGAUCCAUCCAGAAACUUGCCACGCAGUAUAGUGAUCGGAAUACCGUUGGUGACCAUUUGCUACGCGCUCAUCAACAUAUCCUACCUAACAGUGAUGUCGCCCAUGGAAAUGAUGACCAGUGAAGCUGUAGCUGUGGUGUUUGGCAAUCGGUUGCUUGGAGUUAUGGCCUGGCUGAUGCCGCUUUCCGUCACCAUUUCUACCUUUGGGUCCGCAAACGGUACGCUGUUUGCUGCUGGAAGACUCUGCUUUGCGGCUAGUAGGGAGGGCCAUUUACUGGACAUUUUGUCUUAUGUGCACGUUAGGCGAUAUACUCCCUCUCCUGGCCUGAUUUUCCACUCAAUAAUUGCGGGCGCCAUGGUUUUGUAUGGAACCAUCGACUCCUUGAUCGACUUCUUCAGCUUCACUGCCUGGAUUUUCUAUGGGGGCGCGAUGUUGGCUCUGAUCGUCAUGCGACACACCAAGCCGAACUAUCCCCGACCUUAUAAGGUGCCAAUUAUCAUCCCCUACUUGGUUCUGUUGAUCUCGUUCUACCUGAUUAUUGGGCCCAUUGUGGACAAGCCCACCAUCGAGUACCUGUACGCUGCAUUGUUUAUUUUAGGUGGAAUGAUCUUUUAUGUUCCUUUCGUACAUUUCAAGUGCCGCAUCCCGUUUAUGGAUGGUAUCACUGUGUUCUUGCAAAUGUUGCUGGAAGUGGCGCCAACAACCAACAUGUUUGACUAGAGCUGUUUUUUACUAUUUUUAUAUUUUAUUUAUAAAUCGUUUACAAGACGGUUCGGAGCCAGUGUUGCACUUUUUACUGUCUGAACGGCUGGUGUUAUUAAAUGCAUUUAUAUAAUAACCCAAGUUGGAUCUUUCGAAUAUUUUUAUCAAUGGCGAUGUGAUGGUUUGUAUUAAAUUUGUUAAACAAUAGAAAAAUGGUUGAAA